AUGCCUUUUUCAGAAUUUCUGAUCCUUAUUAAGGAGAAUCUGACCUGGUGGGAAGCUUUGAGAUACUGCAGGAACCAUCAUCAUGACCUGGUCUCAGUGCGCACUGAGGAGAUGCAGCUCUGGGUGAAGGAAGUGGCUCAAGACGCCUCCACUGAACAUGUGUGGCUCGGCCUGCGUCACGACUGCGUCCAGCGUGUCUGGUUCUGGGUUUUUGGAUCAAUGGUCUGCUAUGAGGACUGGGCCCCGGGGAAUGGGACCUGGAAUGAAGACUGCAGCCAUGAGAACAGAAGUGGAGCAGUGCAGUCUGGAGGAGAGCAGAAGUGGAUCGAGCUGCAUGAGAGCGACAAGCUCAACUUCAUCUGCUCUACCUAUGAUGAUUUGUUUUAUUAAACAUGAAGACUGAAGACAAGCUGUGGUCCAACAUCUGUAUCCAGCAUCAGCUGCUCUACACUGCUAUCUCAUUUAAACUCUUCUACACAUUAUUAUUAUUAUUGUAUCCUCUUAAUGCAGAUAUUUCUCAUAUUUUUAAUGUUCAGGUUUUUUUUUUAUAUAUUCAGUAAACUCCACUCUCUCCAUACAGCAUGAUCUGUAUUAUGUUACCUAUAUUAAAUUCACUUUUCUUAUUAAUAGAUGGUUUGUGGGUAAUUAGGGUGGAAUCUAUUUACCUGAAGUUUAUACUACAGUGUGUUUGGUUUGCACAUUUAAUUGUUUUUAAAAAAUCUUUCUCAGAAUUGAGAACUUUACUAUACACAGCUUAUUUACACCUAUGCAGGAAGUUUAGAACAGUGUGAACAGUGAUGUGAAAAUGUAUUAUUUUUUUUAUUAUUUAUUAUUUUAUCAUUUAUUAUUAUUUUUUUAUUGUUUUUAUUUAAUUUCAUUUUGUUCUCAAU